CAGGACCCGGAUUCAGAGAAAGCGACCCCCCCCAUUCCCAGGACAGAGAGAGAGACCCCCCACCCCCGGGACAGAGAGAGAGACAGACAUAGACCCCCACCCCCGGGACAGAGAGAAAAACAGGGAGAGAGAGAGAGACCCCCCCUCCCCCCGGGACAGAGACAAACAGACAUAGACCCCCACCCCCGGGACAGAGAGAGACCCUCACCCCUGGUGAAGAUGUCACUGAGGACACUGCCACUGCUCUUCAUUAACCUGGGCGGUGAGAUGCUGUAUAUCCUGGACCAACGGCUCCGAGCCCAGAACAUUCCGAGUGACAAGGCCAAAAAAGUAAUGAAUGACAUUAUCAGCACUAUGUUUAAUAAGAAGUUCAUGGAAGAAUUGUUCAAAUCCCAAGAACUGUAUUCCAAGAAAGCCCUAAGAACAGUGUUUGAUCGACUGGCUCAUGCCUCCAUUAUGAGACUUAACCAGGCCAGCAUGGACAAGCUCUAUGACCUGAUGACGAUGGCUUUCAAGUACCAAGUACUGCUUUGUCCAAGGCCUAAAGACAUCUUGUUGGUCACAUUUAAUCAUAUGGAUGCAGUUAAGGAAUUUAUUCGUGACUCGCCAAGCAUUCUCAACCAGGUAGAUGAGAUAUUCCGACAAUUGAUCGAGACAUACAGCUGCCUGCCUGCAGGAGAGUUUCAACUCAUCAGACAAACGCUGCUGGUUUUCUUUCAGGAUCUUCAUAUCCGAGUGUCCAUCUUUCUGAAGGAUAAAGUUCAGAAUUCCAAUGGACGAUUUGUGCUGCCGAUUUCUGGACCUGUACCUUGGGGAACAGAGAUCCCUGGAUUGAUCAAAAUGUUUAACUAUGAUGGAGAAGAGGUGAAACGAGCAACUUUCCCAGCCAGCGGCAGUUACACCAGUGUGCUGACAGAAGGAUCUUUCGAUCUCUUUGGUGACAGAGUAAUUAAACUUGGCACAAAUAUGUACAGCAUUUCACGGCCUGUGGAAACACAUAUGUCAGGGGCAUCAAAGAACUCAGCUACACGUACAAAGGAGAAUACAGCUCCCAACCCACUGGCUAAGGAAGAGCUUAAUUUACUGGCACUGUUAAUGGGAGGUCUAGAGAUCAAGAAGCCAGUGGGCACUGAGCCAGGGUUUCGGCUAAAUCUGUUUGGCACAGAUGAAGAGGAGGAUCAAGCAGCAGCCAUAAGACCUCCAGACCGUUUUGAAGAAGUGAUUGAGAUACAGGUCUCGAAGGACCAGCAGCAGCAUGAAGAGUUAACUCGAAUAAUGGGAGAAUUCCAUGUUCAGGAACAGCCCAGGCAUAGCCGCAGUAAAGGAGAUGAUCUCCUGGCCAUGAUGGAUGAUCUGUGACACCCUCUGAGAGCUGAACUCCUAUUCUGUACAAUUCUGUGCACUUCAGCACCGUUUCAUCCAGUUUAAACUCAUUGUAAAUAGUAAAUAUUUAAGCAACCAGACUGUGGCUCAUAAUUCAAUAAGCAUUUGUGACCCUCAGAACCUGGAUGGAGGUCUGAAAAAGCAUUGGGGUAAGGGGUGACAGAGGCGUUAGCUCAGCUGUGAAUCUUUGCAGACCAGUGAUCUGGUGGAAGAUUUGUAUAGGUUGUGCAAGUGAUUUCUUAAUAUAAUUUUUGUGUGCAUUUGUGAAAAUCAAAUCAUACCAGGUAAAACUGGGACUCUGACUGUAGCCUUGGGUGGAAAUUAGAGGAAGGUAAAGCUACGUGGAUGGUCAAUAAGUAUGUUGUAAAAUUAAAGCCAGUCAGUGAGGCUAGAGUAGGCUCACAAUGUGUGACUGGUAUCACAGUCUAUGACAGUGGAGUCACUGGGCCACACUAAGGCAUCUUGCUGGCAGUUGUAUGGAAAUCUGGUUGAAUGGUUAAUGCAUUUUAUCAAACAGACAAAGCUUUGUUCAGCUUUUAAUAUUGAAGGACAGAGCUGGCCUCAAGAUUUGGGGUUCUGAACUUUGAAUUUCUAAAGAUUAACUAUUUAUUUCAAUCAGUAAAUGUUCUUAAAUAACUUUGAACACUAAAAAACUUCAUUAAAAUAUUACGAGUAAAUUAAAUGUCAGCUUUAAUUUGUACUUAGCAUAUCUGAUUCUGAUUCAUGUUUAUUCUUGAUUUAAUAUUUAUUAUUUUAACAUUGAGGUUCAAUGCUUUCAUUCCAUAUAUUUUUAUUCCUCCCUAUCUUGGAUAUUGGACUGGAUUUGAUUAACUUUGUUUUAUUUGAUGAAAUUAAGAUGUUUAAAUAAACAAUCUUUUCAGUA